ACAAUCCCAAAGAAGAAGUAUUUUUGUCAUUGAGGCGGCAUGCUAGCAAAGUAGAGCUCAUUUUCAACUUUUGUUAAAACCCUGCAUGCGUUUAUGUUUUGAGGAAAGGAGAUGAUUCGCAUGGAUGGAAUUUACUGAAACACAUUGAUGAACAUGUGGUUCAGCAUGUCUCAACGAGUUGGCUGUCCUUAGAAGUCAAGAGAUGCAUGCUGACAAUAGUACACACUUCUGUGGAGCCAAGAUUAUGGAUCCCUCUCACCUCUGCUGUAAUUGGACUACUGGGCAAUGGUUCAGGAUAUUUUAACAAGUCAAUGUCCUUGAAGUCACGAGCAUUGAGACCAGAUGCAUGAAGGGCCAAAGCAUAGAACUAGAAUGACAGAUUCUAUUUCCGUGUCGCCAAGAUCCAUGGAUCCCUCUCACCUCUGUUGUAAUUGGCCUACCUGUGGUUCAGGAUAUUUUAACAAGUCAAUGUCCUUGAAGUCACAUGAUGGGAGCCAUUGAGACCAGAUGCAUGAUGACAAUGAAGCGGCAAAGCAUAGAAAUAGGAUGACAUAGAUUCUAUUUCCAUGGCUCCAAGAUCCAUGGAUCCCUCUCACCUCUGCUGUAAUUGGCCUACCUGUGGGUCGGCAUCUCAUCGUGUCCGAUGUCCUUGAUGAACUCACAUGAUGGGUGGUCUGUUGAGACCAGGUGCAUGAUGACAAUGAAGAGGCAAAGCAUAGAAAUAUAUUAUCACAUUCGAUUUCUGUUAGAAAUGGGUUCCUCUCACCGCUGCUGUAAUUAGCCUACUGGUGGUUCAGGAUAUUUUAACAAGUCAAUGUCCUUGAAGUCACGUGCGGCAUUGAGACCAGAUGCAUGAAGGGCCAAAGCAUAGAACUAGAAUGACAGAUUCUAUUUCCGUGUCGCCAAGAUCCAUGGAUCCCUCUCACCUCUGUUGUAAUUGGCCUACCUGGUUGUUGGCACCACAGUCAUUCCCACCAUGGUGCAGAAGUAUCAGUCACCCAUCAGGGUGUACAAGCAGCCUUUUGAGCUGGUGAUGGAGGCCUACGAGAGGCGAUUCCCCACGUGUCACCUGAUUCCCAUGUUUGUGGACAGCGAGGUGUUGGAGGAAACUGAGAGCGAGGAUGGAUCCAUACACCAGGUCCAGCGCCGCUGCAAACUGGACGUGGACGCCCCACGUCUCCUCAAACGGAUUGCGGGGGUGGACUAUGUGUACUUCAGCCAGGAGAACACUCUGAACAAGAGAGAGAGGACGCUCCACAUCGAGUCCCACAACGAGACCUUUUCCAACAGAGUCAUCAUCCACGAACUCUGCAGUUACUCGGCCCACCCUGAGAAUGAUGACUGGACGUGUUUCGAGCAGUCGGCCAGCCUGGACAUCAAAUCGUUCUUUGGCUUCGAGAGCACGGUGGAGAAGAUGGCCAUGAAGCAGUACGCCAGCAGUAUCAAGAAGGGUAAGGAGAUCAUAGAGUUCUACCUAAACCAGCUGGAGGAAGAGGGGAUAAGCCACGUGCCCCGCUGGACUCCCUCCCUGGAUGCUCCUUCCUCCGUCACCACCAAACCUGUCUGUGCCACCCCAAAGCUCCUCCCCCUGGAGCUGCCUGUCACGCCCGCCGUCUCAAUCCCCGUGUCCACUGAUGCCAGUGAUCAUGAGAUUGCCACUGCCACCAAUAAUGAUGCCACCCAAAGUGAUGCCACCAGCAACGAUGCCGCUAGCCAACCUGACAACCAGACAGAGAACCAGACAGGCACACCUGAUGACAAGUUGGAUGCAGACUACAUCAAGCGCUACUUGGGAGACCUGACGCCUCUGCAGGAGAGCUGUCUGAUCAGACUACGACAGUGGCUGCAGGAGAGCCACAAGGGCAAGACCCUUACCCUCACUCCCUCCUCUCCCUCCUCACCACCUUUCCAGAUCCCUAAGGACGAACACAUCCUUCGUUUCCUGCGGGCCAGGGACUUUAACAUGGAGAAGGCCAGGGAGAUCCUGUGUCAGUCCUUAACAUGGAGGAAACAGCACCAGGUGGACUAUCUGUUAGAGACGUGGACCUCACCACAGGUCCUCAAUGACUACUACACUGGAGGGUGGCACCACCAUGAUAAAGAGGGUCGUCCUCUCUAUAUCCUGCGUCUGGGACAGAUGGACACCAAGGGGCUGGUCCGAGCCCUGGGGGAGGAGUCUCUACUCAGACACGUUCUAUCCAUAAACGAGGAGGGCCUAAGGCGCUGUGAGGAGAACACCAAAGUCUUCGGCCGACCAAUCAGUUGUUGGACGUGUCUGGUGGACCUCGAAGGGUUAAACAUGCGCCACCUGUGGCGACCGGGGGUUAAGGCCCUUCUGAGAAUCAUUGAGGUGGUGGAGGCCAACUACCCAGAGACCCUGGGACGUCUGCUCAUACUGAGGGCUCCUAGAGUCUUCCCUGUGCUCUGGACCCUGGUGAGUCCGUUCAUCGACGAGAACACCCGUAAGAAGUUCCUGAUCUACGCUGGGAAUGACUACCAGGGCCCCGGCGGCCUGCUGGACUACAUAGACAAGGAGGUCAUCCCUGACUUCCUGGGAGGAGAGUGUAUGUGUGAAGUCCCAGAGGGAGGCCUGGUGCCCAAGUCUCUGUACCGUACUGCAGAGGAGCUGGAGAACGAAGACAUCAGCCUGUGGACAGAGACUAUCUACCAGAGUGCCAGCGUCUUCAAGGGAGCGCCCCACGAGGUGGUGAUCGAGAUCAUCGACGCCUCCUCCGUGAUCACUUGGGACUUUGAUGUGUGUAAGGGCGACGUGGUCUUCCACCUCUACCACUCCAAGCGCGCCCCCCAAACCCCCCGCAAGGACCCCCUAGUGGGGCAACACAGCAGCAUCACCACCCCCGGGGGGAACAACGUCCAGCUCAUAGACAAGUCCUGGACCAUAGGCCUGGACUACAGCAUGGUGGAGUCACCACUCACCUGCAAGGAGGGGGAGAGCGUUCAGGGUUCCCACGUGACCAGGUGGCCCGGGUUCUACAUCCUGCAGUGGAAGUUCCACACCAUGCCGGGCAGCGCCUCCACCAACCUGCCCCGCGUGGACGACGUCCUCGCCUCCCUGCAGGUCUCCUCACACAAGUGCAAAGUCAUGUACUACACAGAGGUCAUUGGCUCCGAGGACUUCAGGGGCUCUAUGACCAGUUUGGAGUCGAGUCACAGUGGUUUCUCCCAGCUCAGCCACGCUACCUCCUCCUCUAACCACUCCCAGUCCAGCUCCAUGAUCUCCAGGUAGAGGACUACAUCUCCUGCCAAGGACUUACAAUUCUCCCUCUGCUGAACUACAAGUCCCAGCUCCUCCAGCCUUCACAGUCCACACUUUCCGCCCUAACCACCUCAAACCUGUACUACUAUUAGUCAGUCACAAUGUGGAACUGAAGCAUGCUUGCAAAACAGAGGAGAAAGGAAAUGUCGGCGGUUGAAAAACUGAAAACAAAGACUUGUGAUUUUAAAGGGCUCCUAUUUUCUUGCAGCAGUCCAUGUAUAUUUCUUCCCAGCUUUUUCCUGGGCUGCUGAACAGAACGUUGGCAGAACGUUUUCUGCUUGCUGAGACUUUGGUAGGUGUGGGAAGUGUCGCACCCAUGGAGCGCAAUGUCAGUUCAAGCAAUUGUCACACUCAUUUAAGGAGCUGUGGGACUGGAUAAAAACGGGAUGCGUCGAUACAUAUGUGCAUUAGAACACUUCACACACGUGCACACUUCCAAGGUAUUGGUGAUACUGGAUGCGCUGUUACAUAAGAACAUGGACACUUUUUAUAGGUUGAAGAAACGGGAUGCGUCGUUACCUGCAGACAAAACAUGUUCAAACAUAGGAAGACACACGCACUCACAUACUGUAUAGACACAGACCAUAAACACACCUGAAAUGACAUGCAGAGAAACAUAGUAUUUGCCAUAUCAUCAGUGGGGUUGGUCUCUACCUGGUGAAUUGUUUAUAUGUAAGGAUUGGGGGUAAAGCCGUAGCGAGGUAUCGUUUAGAAGCAAUAAGCAGAGUUCAAAUAUCAACUAUUGAAAUAAUUACUUUUCUAUUUACCAUGAAAAUUUUAUGUAUGGAGGUUUUUCCUCAUGGGUGCUAUAUGUGCAAUGUAUAGGUGACCUUCCAGUUCCCGGGUGACGAGAUGGACAGACAGACAUUUAAUUUAGCUGAACUUUCAUUUGGAGAAAUAGCCAAAAGAAAUUGCCAGAGGUUAUUUUUGAAAUUUGAAUUGACACAUUUUGAAUGUGUUUGCAAAUGCAUCUACACAUCUACCAGUCUCUUUUGGGCUCAAGACACUUAACCAGUGAUUACGUUUAAAUUAUUGAAUUUCAAUUACUUUGACUUGGAUUCCACCCCAAAAUGAGUGUUUCCCAUCUGUCCCUGUCUGCAGGAAUGAACCUGACCCGUAGCUAGGUGUGGUUGUGGUCAUUGGUUUGAAUGUGCUACUGAUGGUCAGGUGAGCUUUUGCUAGCCAAUGGAAUCCCCCGAACUGUCAGGGUCACAGGUCUAGGUCUAACUGCUAUUCUUUAUAGAGGGGUAGAUAUAGAGAGGGAGGAAGUGAAUGUUUUUUGUGGUGAAGUUUAUCAUUUGCUCCUGCGCCAUUCAUGGAAAUGUAUUGAUGCAUACAUGUACUUGGGCUAGUGCUGGUUGGAUUGUUAGUUUUCAUUGAAAGUGAAGUGGGUUGCUGCAUGUUCAUAUUGGGAUAUGGUUGAUUUUAGUUUAGGAGUUACCAUAGUAGCUACUCAUGAGCCAUUUGUUAGCACCAUUUUAGCCUUUGUAACUAACCAUGUGUAUAAGAAAUAUAUCUGCUUGGUUAGGGGACACCCCCUUUGCCUCGACUGAGCGAAGUGGAGGAUGUUUCCAUUGUAAUGCAACGUACCCAUGCAAAUGUUCUGGACAGCCACCUUGUGCUUCUAAAGCACCAAAGACGACGACAAAAAACUGUUCCGUCUUAUAGUUUCCAUGUUUGUUUGUUUUUUUGUCAAACUAUUUUCGAGUGUUUUUAGGGGAUAUUUUGUGAGCUUCAAGCUCACAAAAGAGAUAUAUUGAACUUCUCUACAGAUUACUGUCGGCUGUUUUCAAAGGUUCGAUAAGCUUUUGCCUUGCAUUACAAGCUGAGGCUCUCAAGACAAGUCACCAUGCUGCUGCUUGACGUUAAGAUGGCCAAAGACGUGUUUGUUGAUGGGGCGUUGGAUCUCACUUCAAGGAUUAUCGGCCAAUCAGGCGAGCAGCACGUCUGUUUUUAACAGCUUUUUGAGAUGCUACUUUUUUAACGAUGAUAACGAAAACCCAAGGUCAAAGUGAACAGUCUAAUGUACAGUGUGUGUCUAACUGGAAUAGCAUGAAAUGCUUUGCUCACUGAGGAAAGGACCUGCUCAGAACGAGAGCUGUUCAGAACUAACUCAUUAAGUUAUUGAAUGAAUGGAAUAAUGAGUAACUAAAUGUCUGUAAGGGUGUCACCCAUGUCAGGACUGAGGAUGUAUAGUUGUACUUAUUGUCUUCUGUACUCAAUUUCACCUUGAAGCAUGUCUAGAGUGAUUAGCAUAGUUUCCUACUUUCCAGCUCUCUAUCAAAGGAAACUCAUAAUGCCCACAAUGUGUAGCAUAAUAUCAACACAAUGUGUAACGUGCUCAACGGUUCACCAAGCUUUAGAGAAAGGUUCCAGUCUUCUUUGAACACGACAUGCGUGUGAGAGGAGACGAUGUUAGUUUUUCCUUUAGCUGAGUUGGAACAGUGCUUUAGAAGUGGCUCACUGUUGUUUUAAACCAGAGGCCGAUGUCUUCAGUUACCUUUCAGUUUCAACUGACCUCAACAUAAUGUCACUGCUACUACUGAAAUGUAUCUGCUAUGUAACCUGCUUUGCUCUACUUGUCAACCUUCACUUUUACUUAACUCAUUUACAUAUGAGGGCUAUUUCUGUCUUGUUUGUCACCAACCAUAUCCUGAUUUCUCCAUUUCUCUCAUCUAGCCUCCCAACCUGUAAGACAACGAUAAUGUUGCAUAUCUUUAUUUCCCUGGAAAUUCAUAAUUAUGUUUAAAGAAAUAACUUCGAAUUAAUAUAAAAUAGCGCCUUUCCAAUUUUUCAAACCAUUAAACUUGAAUUAUGAGAAUUAAAAGUUGUC